AUGAGUUUAAAAUUGGUAUCCUUCAACAUUUGCCCAUACGUUCUUAGAGUGGUCUCUGCUUUAAACCAUUUGAAAAUUCCUUACGAAUUAAAAUAUAUUGAUUUGUAGAAUAAGCCUGACUGGUUUAUAAAAGCUAGUCCAUUAGAAAAGGUGCCAAUUCUUUUUGUUGGUGAAACAGUCCUUUUUGAGUCACUUGUAAUUCUGGAUUAUAUCAAUACACUCGCUACUCAAUCAUUACUACCGAAUGACAAUUUAUAAAGAGCAUUGAAUAGAUCAAGAGCAGAAUUUUCAGGAGAAAUAAUUGGCACUUUCUGGAGCGUAUUUUUAGCUAAAACUGAAGAGUCAUUUAACAGCAGUUUGGGAGACUUGAAAUGGUAUUUUGAGAAAUUAGAAGUCUGGUUACAAUAAUCCAAAUUCAUUUUCAGUAACGAAUUAACUUUAGCCGACUUUGCUUAUGCUUCACUAUUCACAUUACUGAAUGCACUCAAACCUCUUUUGAAAUUCAAUCCCUUUGAAGGGUUUCCAAGAUUGCAAGAAUACUCAGAUACUAUGUUAUCGUUACCAGGAGUGUAAUAGAGUAGAGUUGAAAAUUACGAUCAACUAAUUCAAGAAAGAGUCAUUAAGGUAGAUCCCUUCUUUUUGAAAUUAUGA